CCCUGGCCUCCUUCCCGCCGUCACGCAGUUCGGGGGGGGUCACCCUGUGGGACUGCGCCCCCUGCUGGGGGGCAGCAAUUGUGUGCUCAUUCUGCGCUGGGGGAAAUAGGACUCUGUGGGCGACAGGCUCAACCCCCAGACCUGCCCUCACCCCAUCAAAGGGGUUUAGAGAUGAGCCUGGCUGCUGAGGAUGAAUAUGGGGAGAGGGAGGGGUCGGCAGGGAGAGGGAGGGGCCACUGGGAGGGAGGGCAGAUGGCGGGGGGCUCUGCCUUCCCUUCCACUCUGACUCUUCACCCUCAUCUCCCCCCUCCCUUGGGGCAGCCAGGCCCAGCCCCACAGGGCAGGCCUGUCACUGCAGCAUGAGUGGGGGCGGACUCCCUCUCCAGGCCCCCAAACCUCCCCUCCACGCUAGGCCAGGUUUGGCUGCAGUGCCAGGGCAGAGGGUGCAGCUGUGGGCUGCCCCUGGGCAGGGUGAGGAGCAGGACGCUGGCCACCAAGGCGAGCCCUCCAUACCGGCCUAGUUUGCCUAGGCGCGGAUCCGGCCCUAGUUCUGACCUUGCCGCCGGGGCUCCCCCUCCCGCGCGGCCUCCGUUCCCCGACUCCCUCUGCCCUGAUUGGCUCGGGGCUGGCAGCUGCGGGCACAGAGCCGAGCAGAGACACACAAAGAGAGAAGUUGGUGACGAGGCUUGUGGCCUGGGGAGGAACCAACAGCCUGUGGGCGACCCUGGGCCCCUCGUCCCACCGCACUGACACCGGCCAGAGCCCGGAUCCCCUUCCCCUGCCAGGAUGCUGCUCCCUCUGCUGCUCCUCCCCUGGGCAUGGGGGGCCCUGGCCGCCUCCCCUCCUGUCCCCCCAGGGUCUCUCACCCUCCGGCUGCUCAAAACCAACGUCUUCCACAACGCCAGUUCUAGCAACAUGGAGGGGAUGGCCCUGCUCGGAGACCUGGAGACCCACUUCAUGGAUUGCAGCACCUGCAGGAUCCGCUUCCUGCAGCCCUGGGCCCAGCAGGGCCUGACCCCGAGGCAGUGGCAGGACCUGGAGACAAUGUUCCAUGGCUACCUGUCCAAAUUUAUCUUUCUCAUGAACAAAGUGGUUAAGGAUGAAGGAGAGCACUACCCCUUUGUUACCCAGUUCUCCCUUGGCUGCGAGCUCCACCUCAACGGCACCUCACGGCAAUUCUAUGACGCCGCGAUGAACGGCGAGGAUUUCAUCAGCUUCAACGUGGACUUGGGCACCUGGGUCGCUCAGCGUGGGGAUAAGUUGGCCCUCAGCAUCCGGGACCUUCUUAACCAGGAUAAGAGCACGUCUGCCACAACUCAGUUCCUCCUGAGAACAACGUGUGUCAGUGAACUCCAGAGCUUUGUCCAGUACGGGAAAGAGUCUCUGGCGAGACAAGAGCGGCCGGUCGCCGUGGUGUUUGCCCGAGCGCCUCCCCCAGCCGGGACCCCCGCACCGUUACUGCUGGUUUGCCGGGUCACCGGUUUCUACCCCCGGCCCAUCCGCGUGGCCUGGCUGCAGGACGGGGAGGAGGUGGGGCCGGGCUGGCGCCUGAACUCCAGCGGGAUCCUGCCCAACGCGGACCUGACCUAUCAGCUGCGCAGCUCCCUGGCCGUGGGGCCGGGCGACGGGCACAGCUACGCCUGCCGGGUGGAGCACAGCAGCCUGGGGGGCCAGAGCCUGCUGAUCCCCUGGGGGCACAGCAGGCCCUGGGGCCCCGGCCUGGCCAUGGGCAUCACGCUGGGGGCUCUGGCCGUAGCCACCGUGGCCGUGGUGCUGUGGUGGAGAAUACGCAGGGGCCACCGGGACGUCAGACCAGGAGAACCCAGAGCCUGAGGGGGCGGCACCGGCUUAGACGUGGGGAUCAGCCCCCCACUUGGGGCCAUGGACCUUGGGGCUGAAUCUGCCCCCAGCUCCAGAGCAGAGGGCCCUGAGGCCCCGUCUGGGUCGGGGCACUGGGAGAUCGGGGCACUGGGUGGGGAGGUGGGAUUCCUCUCCCUCUGGGACAUUUGGGGCAUGUUGGACAUGUGAGGGUGUGGUGGGAUCCAGGAUCCACAUGGAGCCAGCACAAGCCUGUACCACUCAGUAAACUCUGCAGAGAGGCUCUGCCCAGCGGGCCCCUCUGGGGACUGCAGGAGCCAGGGCCUGGGGGCAGGGUGCAGACCCGGCUACAUACACAAAGGGAGAGGGUACAGGUGGGGGUCAUGGGUGUCCAUAAAUCUCUGCAUUAAGCAUCUUCGCAUAACUCUGUAUGACUUUGUAUUCUGCCUCUUCAUAUAACCUUGUAUUUGAUAUAGGAACUUGGUAUCAAAUCCUUGUAUAGAAACUUUGUAUUGAGCCUUGGUAUGUUAUAACCCCUAAGGAUAGUUAAGGUAGAAGAAAAAUGCUACUCCUAGUGAAAAGAAACUUUGUCAAGUGGGCUCACUACAGAAGAGCAGACAUAUUGACACCUUCUUUUGAAAACACCCUCUUCUGUGAAAAUAAAUGUGGCAGCAUUAAGACCACAUCCAGAAGGAAGUGCCACGGGUGACCAAUGGGCACAGACACAGAUUUUGCAUCUGGGGUAGAUUUGCAUGAGAGGGAAGCUGCUAUAAAUGUGAGGUGUCUUGCAGAGGACCCCGGGUCUCGUCUUGUGAACAUUGGAGCAUCAAUCAGGAUCGACAGAAGCUCGGCUCCACCCCCUCCCCCAUCUAACUCACCUGGCCGCUGAAGUUAAGGGGAGCGACUAGGUGGUGACAGCAACAAGAUGGGGUGUGCGUGUGUGCGUGUGUGUGUGCGUGUGAGUGCAUGAGUAUAAUAUAUAUCAUGUGCCUAUGAUACAGUGUUGAUUGAUACAUGGAUUACCAAUAAAUGUGGCACUUUGCCUUAUCCCCCCUGAAAAGAUCCUGUACAGAACUUUAAGUACAACACGGGAACCAGGAGGGUCCUGGCAGGGCAUUCGGGCUGAG